GACUUGCAGACGUUAACUUUAAACCCCCGCCGCCCGAUUUGAUUUAACCGGAAAAAAAUCGGAGAAAGAUGGAAGAAAGAGUGAAAUUCUUGGCUAUGAUCGGCGCCGGAGCUCUGUUGGGUUCUGCUGCUACCGUGGCUGUUCUCAAGCUUCUUCCUAGAAGAAUGAAAAACGAGUGCAUAAGGGAAGCAGCCAAAACGAAUGGCGGUACGAAACAUUAUAACUAUCCUGCGGUUGUGGAUCGGGGGGUUGGAAAUCCAGACCUGCUAGCUGAUGAAGUAGUUUCUGAGCACCUUACUAGGAACAUUCAGUUCUUUGGCCUAGAGUCCCAAGAGAAAGUCACUCAAUCAUAUGUGGUGGUAAUUGGACUUGGUGGAGUUGGAAGUCAUGCUGCCUCUAUGCUUUUGAGGUCUGGGGUUGGGCGACUGCUUCUGGUGGACUUUGACCAGGUAUCAGUUUCGUCAUUGAACCGGCAUGCUGUAGCAACAAGAGAGGAUGUUGGUACUCCAAAAGCUUUAUGCCUUAAGAAGCAUUUUCAGUCCAUUUUCCCCGAGUGUCAUGUAAAUGCAAAGGUCCUGCUAUAUGAUUCAUCCUCUGAAGAAGAAAUUCUUUCAGGCAACCCUGAUUUUGUUUUGGAUUGCAUUGACAAUAUUGACGCUAAGGUUGCACUUCUUGCUGCCUGUGUACGUAGAGGUUUAAAAGUUCUUUCUGCCACAGGAGCUGGUGCAAGAGCUGAUCCAACAAGAAUCCGUGUAGCAGACUUAAGAGAGUCAACAAAUGAUCCGUUAUCCCGAUCGGUGAGACAUCGACUGAGGAAGGACUAUGGUAUUGAUGGUGGCAUUCCUGUUGUUUUCUCUUUAGAGAAACCCAAGGCAAAGUUGCUUCCUUUUAAAGGGCCUAGUGGCGAAGAAGAAAAUCCUUCAGAUUACCAAGUUGUUCCAGGUUUCAGGGUUCGCAUCAUUCCUGUUCUGGGAACCAUACCUGCAAUAUUUGGACAAAUUAUGGCUUCCUAUGUUGUAACACAACUGGCCGGCCUGCAAGUUCAAAUGGAGCCAGUAGUGAAUCUUGAUACAGAUCAUUACUGUAUUCUCCAUCAGCGUCUUAUUGAGCAUGAAGAGUUACUCUAUGGCACAGCCAUGCAAGUACAGGUACAUGGUUCUGGUUCUUUUCCUUGGAUUUUCUUUAACAAGCAUUAAAAGAACUUGCAAAUUUCCUUUUUCUC